CUCGCUCCCCGGGGCGAGCAGAGAAGGCGGAAGUAGGGGCGUCCGCGGAUGGGGCUCGGGCUCCCGCGGGAGGCAGUAACGGCGGCCUUCAGAUCAAGAGACUGGCGUCCUGGCCCCCUCGGCUUGGAGUGCGGUGCCUUUCUCUCCUGGCGUCUUGGCUGAGUGGAGUGCUGCGGCCGGGCGUAGUCGGCGGCCCAGCGGACCGGAGCGAAAGCCACAUGAAUUCUGAAUGUUAGAAUAGAAAAGAAGCCAAAGAAAUCUUUGAAGAUGAGGAAACUGAAGCACAGAAAGGUUAUAUAGUUUGCCCAGGUCAUACACCAAAUGAUGGAGACAAGAGUUAAACCCAGAUCAUCCGAUUCCAGCAUCUAAGCUCUUCACCACUUCAUGAUACUGCCUCUCCAGCCAGAACAGUGCUUCAUCCUUUGUAGGUGAUCAUCAAAUGCUACUCAAAAUCUUUUUGAGAAGAAGAAAAAGGCAUUUUUUGUCUUGCUGUUUCUUCAGAGCCGUCGAUAAUCACGUUACUAUGAGUCUGCUACGCUGUGAGAACAGCUGUGGAUCCAGCCAGUCUGAGAGCGGCUGCUGUGCUGCCAUGGCCGCCAGCUCCUGUGGUGCUGCAGCAAAAGAUGACAGUGUGAGUGGAACUGCCAGCACAGUGAAUCUUUCCGGCUCUUUUAUGGAAGAGAUCCAGGGAUAUGAUGUGGAAUUUGACCCACCCCUGGAAAGCAAGUAUGAAUGCCCCAUCUGCUUGAUGGCAUUACGGGAAGCAGUGCAAACACCAUGCGGCCACAGGUUCUGCAAAGCCUGCAUCAUCAAAUCAAUAAGGGAUGCAGGUCACAAAUGUCCAGUUGACAAUGAAAUACUGCUGGAAAAUCAACUAUUUCCUGACAAUUUUGCAAAACGAGAGAUUCUUUCUCUGAUGGUGAGGUGUCCAAAUGAAGGUUGUCUGCACAAGAUGGAACUGAGGCAUCUUGAGGAUCAUCAAGCACAUUGUGAGUUUGCUCUUAUGAAUUGUCCCCAAUGCCAACGUCCCUUCCAAAAAUGCCAACUUAAUAUUCACAUUGUCAAGGAGUGUCCAAGGAGACAGGUUUCUUGUGUAAACUGUGCUGUAUCGAUGGCAUUUGAAGAUAAAGAGAUUCAUGACCAGAACUGUCCUUUGGCAAAUGUCAUCUGUGAAUACUGCAACACCAUGCUCAUCAGAGAACAGAUGCCUAAUCAUUAUGAUCUAGACUGUCCUACAGCCCCAGUUCCAUGCACAUUCAGUACUUUUGGUUGCCAUGAAAAGAUGCAGAGGAAUCACUUGGCACGCCACCUGCAAGAGGAUACCCAGUCGCACAUGAGAAUGAUGGCCCAGGCUGUUCAGACUUUAAGCCUUGCGAUAGCUCCCGCACCUCAGCGUGGCAUGCUGCCAUGUGAUUCUACCUCUCUGCCCCGGGUUUCCUCUGGGUGUCACUCAGAGGUCCAGAAUUUCCAAGAAACCAUUCAACAGUUAGAGGGUCGCCUUGUAAGACAAGACCAUCAAAUCCGGGAGCUGACUGCAAAAAUGGAAACUCAGAGCACAUAUGUAAAUGAGCUAAAACGAACUAUUCGAACCCUUGAGGACAAAGUUGCUGAAAUAGAAGCACAGCAGUGCAAUGGAAUUUACAUCUGGAAGAUUGGCAAUUUUGGGAUGCACUUGAAAUCUCAAGAAGAGGAGAAACCUGUUGUCAUUCACAGCCCCGGAUUCUACACAGGCAAACCCGGCUACAAACUGUGCAUGCGCCUGCACCUGCAGCUACCGACUGCGCAGCGCUGUGCCAACUACAUAUCCCUCUUUGUCCACACAAUGCAAGGAGAGUAUGACAGCCACCUCCCUUGGCCCUUCCAGGGUACGAUACGCCUUACCAUCCUUGAUCAGUCUGAAGCACCUGUAAGGCAAAACCAUGAAGAGAUAAUGGAUGCCAAACCAGAGCUGCUUGCCUUCCAGAGACCCACAAUCCCACGGAACCCCAAAGGGUUUGGCUAUGUGACUUUUAUGCAUCUGGAAGCCUUAAGACAAAGAACCUUCAUCAAGGACGACACGUUAUUAGUACGCUGUGAGGUCUCCACCCGCUUCGACGUGGGCAGUCUUCGGAGGGAGGGUUUUCAGCCACGAAGUACUGACUUGGGGAUAUAGCAUCCCCUCAUUUGUUUAAGAAACAAAACAACAGAAAAAACAUCUGGAGAAAACUUGCCCUGUUUUCAAUAACAUACAAACAAAAAAGCAAUGGGGAAGAUAUACCCACCAGUGAACGUGGUUAGAGAGGUCACUUGCCACUUUCCUGUUAAAAAUAUCUGAAGCAGGGCUUCCCUGGUGGCGCGGUGGUUGAGAAUCUGGUCUGGGAGCAUCCCA